UCAGAAGUUAUGUAACUUGUCGCCUUUGUCGACUGCCACUGGGGAUUCUACUAGUACUCAUGGAUAUUUCCGAACUCGCGUUGCUCACCGAAUAUACCCUCCUGUAGCGCCAAUUUCUACUCUGUACGCGCUUCUGCCGAGUUGCCCUUCCCCUAAACUAUUAAAUAACACUCCCCCUAAUCGUGCGUGGCCGUACAAAGACCGGCGUCUUCAAGCAUGCCAAGCGACCAAAGUCCAGACAAUCCCUUUGUCCGCUUCAAAAAGGAAAUCGACAGCCAGUUCUCAAGAAUUUGGCACGGCAACCGCCAAGAUGUGAACAGUGUCGGCUUGUACGCUGAUAAAAAGGCCGAAGGGCUCCCUCCCAUGCCUCUCAGCAGCUUUUCCUCAGACAAUAUCAAUUCUGAACCUGAUGAGACGCUGACCUUGGGAGGUGUUGCUGAGCAAUUACGAUUCCAGACAAUCUCGUCAUGGCUGAACUUUUCAUCCUAUUCACCAGAAAACCUGUACUUCAUGCCUCAGCCCUCACCGAAAGACCUGCCGCCCGAGCCUCUGGCACACUUCACUUUCCACGAUGCUUUAGAAGAUCUCCUGCUUGUGCGCUCAGGCCAGCCCUUGAGAGAUCUUGAGCAAAUCAGAGCAGGACGAACAAGUCAUAUGGACAGCCUUUUCGAUAUAUUUGUGCAAGCCUUCAGUUCAAGGCCGUGGCGAGCUGCGCUCGAAGAUCGCGGCCUUUGGGACGCAUAUUUCCCGCGUUCGGAUUUUCAACAGGGGGCGCAAUCCAUCCUUCGCCAGGUCGCUGAGGCCGGGCAGCAGGGAAAAAGUUGGCAAAGAUCGGACGUCCUGGUCAGGUCUCUUGUGAAACAAGCAGCCAGCUGUGAAGACGAGGUCAAGGUAUCCAGCAUCAUGGGACACCUGGCAUCGCUCGGUCCUUCCGCUUUCUUUGGUUUUGUGGGCGACGAUUUGAGUCAUGUCAUCCAUGAACUAGACGAGUUACAUAGUCCUUGGGCGAAGAAACUAGGACUGCGCGCACCCAAAGACAGCUCCGCUGGCGCGGCAGACACGUCGGGAGGAAAACCUACGACUGAGGAAGACCUCCACCAAGUCCUAUAUUCCCAUUUUGCUCAAGGCUGGCCCAAAACACUUCCCUCAUGGGAUGAUUAUCCAGCAAGUCAGCACGAUACACCAGAAGACACCAGUACAGACCGAGAAACAGAAAACUCAACAGACACAAACACAGUAACCUUGACGGAUGGAAGUAGGAUUGUGACAAAAACCGAAAGGCGUUCGCGUGGCGGCAUCAUCAAAACCUCCCUUACCAUAGAGAAGCACGACCCUCAGGGCAAAGUACUAGAGCGUUCUGUAAAGACUCGCACUUUCUCAUCCAGUGGCGGCGACGGGCAUCCAGGCUAUAGCUGGUCUCGGGGAAAUGGUGGUUUCAGCAACGGCCCAACCAAGGACAAAAAUACCGCCGGGCCAAGUGGAUGGUUCUGGACCAAAGAUGAGUGAAGCUCGGAGAGCAGCAGGCUAUCUUGAGUGGCUGCGUUCGAUUUGUCUGUCCUACCAACAACUCUCAAGCCUUUGGUAUACGUGCCUUAGAGUGUGGGUGGAUUAUCAAGCACUCGUUGGUACCAGCUGGGCGGAAGGAACAGUCCUCUCACGCAAGGGGCACACAAGUGACCGAGGUCUCCCCCCCUCUCUCUCUCUCUCUGGAUUUUUUUUUAAAAAGAAUUCGAAAAAAUUGGUGUCUAAAGAAUCUUGGCAUAGGGGUGGGGUCCGGUUUAAACAAUACUAUAAUGGCUCAAUGACAAUUAGUCCCAAGGGU